GAAUCUAUGAUAAUAGAAGUCAGAAGCAUGCUUACAUUUAGCAGGGAGGGUAAUGAGCACACAAAAACAGAAGGGGGCUUCAAGGGUUUUGGUAACAGUUUUAAUUUAGGUUCUACUUAUACAAGUGUGCUCACUUCAUGAAAAUGUAUUGAGUUGUACACUUAGAAUGUGUACCCUUUUCUGAUAUAUAUUUCAAAAUAGUGACUUUUUAAAAAUUGUAAACUUUUGUAAACAUCAGUUAUCACUUCUUUCUUAAAUAUAAUCAAACCCACAAGAGAAAGUUUCUUCUCAAAAUGUAUUUUAUGAGGAACACUAAUAUAUCAUUUCAGUUUGUUCUGAAAAGUGUUCUUUUACUGAAAGUUAACCCAACAGAUAUUUCUUUAGAACUUCCACUACUUAAGAACUGGAGAAAUGAUCGGGCGCACUUCUGUGACUUAAAAGGACAUUGGUAUGACAAGUUAUAAUUUGGAAUGAAAUGGCAAAUACUAUAUGCAAUAGUAAAUAAGGACGCCUGGUGGCGCUGCAGGCUAGGAGUAUGAAUGAAAAGCUCUGUGACUGCCGGACGCCAUUAAGCUGGGACUCAGAAUAAUGAAUGCUUCCUGAAAGACGGAAGUAUUUUAGGUAAGAUCUAGGGGCAGAUGUCUUCAGAGAGGACAUCAUUCUAGGACGAGUCAGUCAGAAAGAUCUAAUUCAAGGUUAUUUAACCAAAUCAUCUGGGUCGACCGUAUACAGAGGUGAAGAAACUGCACCACAUGAAUUUGGUCUGAACAAUGGAGACAGCGCUAGCAAAAACGCCACAGAAAAGGCAAGUUCUCUUUCUUGCUAUAUUGAUGCUUUUGUGGGAGGCUGGCUCUGACUCAAUUAGGUAUUCCAUUCCAGAAGAAACAGAAAGUGGCUCCUUUGUGGCCAACCUGGCAAAGGACCUGGGGCUCAGGGUGGGGGAACUAGCUACUCGAGGCGCGCGAAUCCAUUACAAAGGAAACAAACAGCUCUUGGAACUGGAUGUAGAAACCGGGAAUUUGCUGCUAUAUGAAAAACUAGACCGGGAGGUGCUGUGCGGAGUGACAGAUCCCUGUAUACUGUACUUCCAGUUAUUACUGGAAAACCCGGUGCAGUUUUUUCAGGCUGAUCUGCAGCUCACAGAUAUAAAUGACCAUUCCCCAGAGUUCCUAGACAAGGAAAUGCUCCUCAAAAUCCCAGAAAGCGUUCAGCCUGGGACUGUAUUUCCUUUGAAAAUAGCUCAGGACUUUGACAUAGGUAGCAACACUGUUCAGAACUACACAAUCAGCCCCAACUCCCAUUUUCAUGUUGUCACUCAUAAUCGCGGAGAUGGCAGAAAAUACCCAGAGCUCAUGCUGGACAAAUCGCUGGACCGGGAGGAGCAGUCUGAACUCAGUUUAACCCUUACGGCGCUGGAUGGUGGGGAUCCACCUAGGUCCGGGACCACUGCAGUCCGUAUUGAAGUCGUGGACAUCAAUGAUAAUGCCCCUGCGUUUUUACAGUCGCUCUAUGAGGUACAGGUCCCGGAGAACAGCCCCCCAAACUCCUUAGUUGUUGUUGUCUCUGCCCAAGAUUUAGAUGCAGGAACAUAUGGGAAUGUACGCUACACUCUAUUCCAAGGCAAUCAAGUUAUUCAACCAUUUGUAGUAGACGAAAUAACAGGAGAAAUUCAUCUGAAAAAGGCAUUGGAUUUCGAGGCAACUCGAUACUAUAACGUGGAAAUUGCAGGCACAGACGGUGGGGGCCUUUCAGGAAAAUGCACUGUAGCUAUAGAAGUUGUGGAUGUGAAUGACAACGCCCCCGAACUGACCAUGUCAACGCUCUCAAGCACAACCCCAGAAAACUCCCCAGAGACUGUAGUUGCUGUUUUCAGUGUUUCUGAUCCAGACUCCGGGGACAACGGUAGGAUGGUUUGCUCCAUCCAGAACGAUCUUCCCUUUCUCUUGAAACCCACAUUCAAGAACUUUUACACCCUAGUUACAGAAAAGCCACUGGACAGAGAAAGCCAAGCUGAGUACAACAUCACCAUCACCGUCACUGACUUGGGGACCCCC